AUAUAAAAUGCAUUUUUUAUGGAAAUUUUUAAUUUCCUCAUUAUUUUUAACUAUAACGAAAGAGUUGCAAACAGUGAAAAUUGGUGCUUUAUUUUUUAAAGAUGAAUAUUCUUUAAUGGAAGCUUUUGAUAGUGCGAUUACGGACAUAAAUGCCUUGGAUACCGAAUUAAGGUUCAAGGUCGUGAAGCACUUUCUAGCGGAAGAUGAUAGCGUAAUAUUGCAAAAUUUAGCCUGUGAUCUGCUUGAACAAGGUGUUUUAGCGAUUUUUGGCCCAAGUUCAAAGUCGUCAAGCGAUAUCGUAGCGGUGUUGUGUAAUCAAACAGGUAUACCACAUUUACAAUUUGAUUGGAGUUCAAAGGCUAAGGAAGGGGAUAUGCGUUAUUAUCAAUUCAGCAUAAAUGUGGCGCCAACUGAGUCAACAUUAUCACAAGCUUUGUGGGAGAUUUUAAGAAGUACAGAAUACGAUUGGAAAUCUUUUACCAUAGUUUAUGAGGUUGAGAGUAGUAGUUUAUCUCGCUUUCAGCAUUUGUUGUCGUGGAAACCUUUUCAUAAAAACGGUUUAAAGAUGGUCAAGUUUCGUCGUGGUGAUGACUAUCGUAUACUAUGGAAAGUUUUAAGUAAUAUGAAAGAAAAAUUUAUACUCUUGGACUGUCCGCCUGAUAUUCUUAAGGAGGUAGUCAAUAUCAGUAUAUAUUAUAACAUGACGGGAGGCUUUAAUAAUUUAUUUCUUGCUAAUUUGGAUACACAUGCAAGUGGUUUGGCUAGUUUAUAUUCGAAAAAGUUUACCGCUAAAGUAACGGCUAUACGAUUAAGACGUUUCAUACCACCUGGUCAACUGGGAGAAUUUGACAUAUUUCACCAAGAACCCGAAGAAUCAAUUGUAUUAACGAAAUCGCAAUCGCUUUAUGAUGCCGUGAUUUUGUACUCCAAGGGGCUACGAACGGUCAUAAAAAGUGGAAGUUUUCGAUUGCCUCCGAAAACAAAAUGUGGUCUUCAGUCUUGGUCUGUCGGCGAGGAAAUUGUAAAGCAUAUAAAACAAUUUAAAAUCCAGGGCGGAAAUAUAACUGCCUUUAAGACCCAAAAAAUGUUUUUAAGUUCUACCGGUUUGCGAGAUGAUUUUAAUUUGGAAAUUUAUAAUCCUUUAGUUGAACGAAUUGUGUACAUAUGGAAUAAGGGCCAUGGCUUAGUAGAUUAUGAAAAAUUACAAGAAAAUUCUACUCAGGAGGAGAAAAGACAGAAAUUAUCUCCCCGUAAAGAAGAUUUCUCUUUGAAACGUGUACGUUACACGAUAGCAACACGUAUGGGCGAACCUUAUUUUAUGUGGCGGCCUGAACCCGAGGGUGUUCAUUACGAGGGUAAUGAACGUUUCGAGGGUUACGUCGUAGACUUGAUUUAUAAACUUGCCGAAGAAUGUAAAUUUGAUUUCAUCUUCGAACCAGUAGCAGAUAAUAAUUACGGCAGCUACGAUUCUUUAACGGAUGAAUGGAACGGUAUUAUACGGCAGCUAAUUGAUAAUAAUGCUCAGUUGGGUAUUUGCGAUUUGACCAUAACCCAGGCCCGCCGUAGCGUUGUAGAUUUUACGGUACCUUUUAUGCAAUUAGGUGUCAGUAUUUUAUAUCACAAACCAAAGCCUCCUGAGAAGCGUUUAUUUGCAUUUCUGAAACCUUUCUCUCUAGAUGUUUGGCUGUGUUUGCUGGUAGCUUUAUUGCUUAUGGCCUUGCUAUUAAUUCUGAUGGCCAGAUUGAAUCCUUCUGAAUGGCAAGAGCAGCAAAUAGAUGAUUGCCUUGUAAUCAUAGAGAACAAAUGGUUUCUUAGAAAUUCUCUUUGGUUGUAUAUAGGCUCCAUACUGGAGCUUCUUCCCUACGUCUUUGCACGGCCUUUUGGUGGUUAUUUGCUUUAUUAAUGUCACGUACAUACACAGCUAAAUUGGCCUCGUUUAUUACGGCUUCUAAGCUGGAAGGGUCUAUAAAAAAUCUACACGAC